GUUUCAGGUAGAAAUAGAACAGUGCCUUUUCUUUUCCAUUAAGUAAUGAUUAUAAUUCAAUCCAAAAAUUCCACUUGAAAAUUGUGCUAGGGAGACUUUAAUUAUGUACUUCCAAUAGCCUCUAAAAGAGAGACAAAAAUGCAGCAUACACCUUAUGGGGAGAUGCACUCUACGAGGAAAUGUCUAUCUUGGCAAACAAGGAUGAGCUUCAAGAAUCAAAACUAUUGUCAGUUACGUGUAGAAUGGAAACAUAUGUUUUGGCAAAUCAAAGAAAGCUAAUAGAGAUGCAAGACUGUCCUGGUCGGUGACCCUUCAAAGGGUCUAAUUUUAUGUGGGCAUUGGAUUUGGAUAAGAAUGCCAUGAGUGCCUUUUUUUUCACUUUUUUUUUUUUUUAAUUUAAUUUUUUUUUUUUGGGUCCUCGUGAUAUUUCCUCACAUGGAUAAGCAUGUACUCAUCUAAAUAUUUUAGUUUCUACAAUCAUAUUCUAUAGUAAGUAUUAAAUAUGGGUGGUGGUAGUUAAAAAUAUACCAAACUUGAGAGCGGGAACAGAGCCAUGCACUCGCGGAUCCGCUCUGGAAUUCGUUGGAUUGGAUCAACAAUGGCAGCUCUUCGACCUUCUUCUGUAUCAUUCGAUUCUUCUGUUUCCGGACCCACUAAUUCCUUCAUGGGUCUUCUCCACAAAUCGCCUAUCUUUGAUUCUCGGAAGAAAUUGGUGAGAGUUGGCGAAACCCAUUUGGGAUCGUUACCUUCAGUCAAGAGAAAUUUGGUUUCAAGAUUGGAGGCUUCAAGUGAUUCAUUGGGACGUGGUCAACACCUUACGAGCAAUAAGAUGGGAAAUGAAAUGGAAAGUCUGGAUAAAACUGAUCAGGGACUGGAUUUUUUUGAAGAGUUGAAGCACAGGUUUCUCUGUUUCAAGAAGCAAAAGUACCUGGAAGAACCAGAGCACUUUCAAGCUCUUGCCAAAGCUCAAUCUCCAAAGUUCAUGGUGAUCGCUUGUGCAGACUCGAGGGUAUGCCCUUCCAACAUCCUUGGUUUUCAACCAGGAGAAGCAUUCAUGAUAAGAAAUGUGGCAAAUCUCGUGCCCCCAGUAGAGAACGGACCAUCAGAAACUAAUGCUGCCCUCGAGUUUGCUGUGAAUACUCUUGAAGUUGAAAAUAUAUUAGUCAUAGGACACAGUAGCUGCGCAGGAAUUGAGACCCUUGUGAGCAUGCGAGAUGAUGUGAAUUCCAGUAGCUUUGUUGAAAAUUGGGUUGCCAAUGGGAAAGUUGCAAAAUUAAGAACAAAAGCUGCUGCCGGCCAUCUUGGCUUUUACCAGCAAUGCAAACACUGUGAGAAGGAAUCAAUCAACCACUCCUUGCUGAACCUGCUAACGUAUCCAUGGAUAGAAGACAGAGAAAGGAAAGGACUUCUUUCUAUCCAUGGAGGUUACUAUGAUUUUCUGAACUGUACAUUUGAGAAGUGGACAAUUGAUUUCAAGAGAAGCAGCAUUGAAAAAGAAGGGCCCAAAUGCUUGGUCAAAAACCGAGCAUUUUGGUGCUGAGUUUCUACUUCUCUAUCCCACAAGCGAGAUUUUCACCAUUGCAUGAGAAUGUAAUUAACUUCUCUUUGCUUGUAAAUAUAGAAAAUCCAUUUGGAAUUGAAAAUGGCAUAUGUUUUCUCUUA